CAUCAAGGGCUGGAAAGCUCUCGCUUUGUCAUCCUAUAAAGCCCUAUUUGUUUUUUCUUCUUCGCUUGGCGACCUUCUUUCUCCAAAUAUCUCCACCACUUCCAUCUAGGCACUCGUAUCUUCUCCUCCACCCUGUUCCGCUGAAAAAAGCUUGAAACUUUUGUGGUAGUUCUCAAUCUAUAAAGUGGGUGGCAACUAAGCAAAAAUGGGGAUCAUAGAGAGGAUUAAAGAAAUCGAAGCAGAGAUGGCUCGUACCCAGAAAAAUAAAGCCACAGAGUAUCAUCUUGGUCAGCUCAAGGCAAAGAUAGCAAAGCUAAGGACACAAUUAUUGGAGCCUCCUAAAGGUUCUAGUGGAGCUGGAGAUGGUUUUGAAGUUACAAAAUUUGGCCAUGGACGUGUUGCACUUAUUGGAUUUCCAAGUGUGGGGAAGUCGACACUUUUAACAAUGUUGACAGGCACACAUUCAGAAGCUGCAUCAUAUGAGUUCACAACACUUACCUGUAUUCCUGGGAUUAUACAUUAUAAUGAUACCAAAAUUCAGCUGCUUGACCUUCCUGGGAUUAUUGAAGGUGCUUCUGAAGGCAAGGGACGUGGGAGACAGGUUAUUGCUGUUUCCAAGUCUUCAGACAUAGUGUUGAUGGUUCUUGAUGCCUCAAAAAGUGAGGGUCAUCGACAGAUAUUAACAAAGGAACUAGAAUCGGUGGGUUUGCGCUUAAACAAGAAACCACCUCGAAUUUAUUUCAAGAAGAAAAAAACAGGGGGCAUCUCUUUCAACAGCACUUUGCCUCUAACACAUGUAGACGAGAAGCUUUGUUAUCAGAUUCUACACGAAUACAAAAUUCACAAUGCAGAGGUCCUAUUUCGUGAGGAUGCAACAGUGGAUGAUCUUAUAGAUGUGAUCGAGGGUAAUCGUAAAUACAUGAAGUGCAUAUAUGUCUAUAACAAGAUAGAUGUUAUAGGUAUUGAUGAUGUGGACAAGUUAGCUCGCCAGCCAAACUCUGUGGUCAUUAGCUGCAAUUUAAAGCUCAACUUUGACAGACUACUUGCAAAAAUGUGGGAAGAAAUGGGGCUCGUGAGAGUCUACACAAAACCACAAGGCCAGCAACCUGAUUUUACUGAUCCUGUAGUUCUUUCAACUGAUAGAGGCGGGUGCAUGGUUGAAGACUUCUGCAAUCACAUACACAGAAAUUUAAUCAAGGAUGUGAAGUACGUGCUAGUGUGGGGUACAAGUGCAAGGCACCACCCACAGCACUGUGGCCUUGGUCAUUCUCUCCAUGACGAGGAUAUGGUCCAGAUUGUUAAGAGAAAGGAAAAGGAAGAGGGAGGAAGGGGUCGGUUCAAAUCACAUUCAACAGAUCCUGCUCGCAUAUCUGACAGAGAGAAGAAAGCUCCAUUGAAGACAUAAGAACAUCAGAGGUGUAACCGGAGUACGGUAUUAAAAUAUACAGGAUAUUUUUAAUUGUGUACCCUAACUUAUAUAAUGCAUUUGUAACUUGCUCUCCUCCUAGGUAGGAGCAUUCCCUUGCUCCCAUGGCUUGAGUUUUGUCUUUCCUCGCUCCUUAAAUAAAAAAUCUUGGAUGUUCUUCGGCUACCCCUAUUAAGUUUGUAAAUUUAGUACUUGUCCUUUCUCUUUGGUCA